AUGGCGUCCAAAGGGAACUCGGUGUUUUCACGAAUCAUUCGCCGUGAACUUCCCGCUACGUUUCUUCAUGAGGAUGAUCAGGUAAACCAAGAACGAUGUGUAACUCAAACUCUAACUCUACUCUGACUGCACUCCCGCCUAUAGUUUCAACAAAUUCAGCCUGCAGACUUGCACGAUGGCAGGUGAAAACAAGGUAAUCUUGUAUUCACCCCUUUCCCCCUAUCGCUAUGGGCACUUAUUCACAUUCAAACUCCCUGUGACGUGCAGGUGAGUGGGUGAUGAAAAGAAAUACUAUGAAAUGGUAGUCGCUGAAUAGGGUAUGGUACAUGUACAGGGUAAGCAAUUUGACUCUGUUUAGUCACAGGGGGCACACAAUCUGUAUUAAUUUUGUGACUGAUGUUAUUUUAUAGCAAAAUGUACUGGAUUUACCAUUUGCAUUUGCCUCACCCAUAGUGAUAUAUCGCUAAGUAUGUAUAUAAAUCAACGUUAAAUAAACGUUGACUUUCACUUACCUUAUCUGUGUUAUAUUGUAGUCCUUUCGCCUCAAAAGCGGUUUUUUGAGCGAUUUUGAAGGAUUUUGAGUUUGCAGUCUACUGUACUGUUCCUAAUGAUAGAAGGACAAGGGUGGAAGCCACGUGUUGGAGGACUACAUACAUACAUACAUACAUACAUAAAACUUUAUUUAUCCUCGGAUUUUAGUGUAGCUUACAUAGCUAGUAUCUCCGAUCCUAACUAAUUUUAAAAGUUACAACAUAUAUAAUAUAAUAUUAAUUAAUGUAGUAUUAACUAAAACCGUGCACUAACAAUUUGCGCUUAAAUUCACUAUAAUCUACAGUCUUUCUAAAGUGAUCAGGUAGAGAAUUCCAGUACUUAACAGAUGAAUAGCUAAAGGAAUUUAGACCAUAUGUGGUUGUAGACGGCUUAGGAAGUGAUAAAAUAUUAGUACCCCGUAGGGAGUAAGCAGUAGAUCUUAACUUGAUCAGUUGUUUUAAAUAGCACGGAUAUUUGCCAAAAUGGAGACAUUUGAAUAUACAAAUCAUCAUAUUUUGUAUCCUCCUGUUGGCUAAACCACACACACCAGCCUUGUCUAGAAGAGCAUCAUAGUUCGAGUCCCAGUCCUUUAAAGCAAAUCUUAAAAUACGUCUAUUUAAGGUGUCCAGUUUGACAGAAUCUUCUGAAUUACAAAAGUGCCAUAUCAUUGAACAGUAGUGAAAAUGGGGUAAGAUAAACGCUUUAUAAAGGCAAAGCAUAAUUUCAGAUGAGAUAAGUUUGCCAAAUCUUUUGAAGACACUGAACUGAUUAUUUAUUUUUUUGCAUACAGAGGAUAUGUGAUCCUUGAAAUUCAGUUCAUUGUCUAGAGAUAUUCCAAAAAGAUCCAGGCAUCUUGUGGUUAAAAAGGAGAAAGGGUAAUCGGUUUUGCCAAGAACCAUCCCUUGAUAUUUAGAACUCCAGUGACUCGGACUCCAUUGCUGGAGCGAUUUUCCCCCAGAAAAUUGCUCCAUUUCCAAACAGCACAUAGGUCGAAUGACUCAUGCUUCUUCUUGUACCUUCUGUUCGAAAAAUUCAUCCAAAAUGCCAGGAGCUAAUUACGAUCCCAUUUUUGUCAAAAUGCGUAGCAAGAUUCAUACACGCCAGUCAGAAACCGUCCGGCUGAUCGCCUCUUCUUGAUUGGAUGUUGUUAACCAAAUGGUUAAAAUAAUAAUAAUUGAUGUAAAGAAGACUUGGUAAGCGUUUAUUGUUUAACGACAUCAGUUACACACGCAGAUUGUGUGGGCCCCUGUGAUUAUUGCCUGGAACAGGGUGGCAUGAACAAUCCUUAUAGACAGGAAGCCUUUAAAAGAGUCUUAAUUUAGGUUGGCAAUCAGCGGUUUACAUUUCUGGUACCAACAAUUUAUUCAAAAAGAUGCAAUCUCUUGAUGCAAGUUUAAAAAAUUGCUUUAUAUUUCGUAUGUAAAACAAAAUGAAUACUGUGUCAUUAAAUGAGGUCUUUGUCUUAAAAAGGGUAUCAAAAUGAGCUAAUUUUGCCUACACUACUUAGAUGGACACCCACACAAGAAUGAAUACAGGGCCAUGUAGGUCAGCAAAGACCUCAAAGCCAGUUUGUUGCAAAAUUACUAUAAAAUUACAUGCACUUAAUUACAAAACACCCUCUGACAAAAAACAAAGCUCGAAAGAUACUAAGUAAGACAACGCUAGAUACGAAAACGCAAAACCACUUUGUGGAAAAAAAGGGAAUGUACACCCCUGCUUGCUGAAAUCAUGAUCAGCUGCAGUGCUAACAACUUAGGGGCAGGGAACUAGCUGCCAAAUGCCUAUAUUAACAAAUGUAACAAAACUGGCAAAUAAAAUAAAAGUUAGGGGCUCAAAUGUAUGCUGAUUUAGUGAUUCAAAUUUGCAACAUACAACUAAGCAUAUCUAAAAAAAUACCCACAAUUCCUCCUAUCCGGCCCAGUCCUCUGGACUGUCGUGGCAAAAUGGCUAUUUCUGUCUGUUCCAUUACACUACAUUGUCUUAAACAGAGUCAGGGUUUUGAAGACCUCAGCAGCACACAGUCGCUACCCAAACUCCCCUUUCGUAGUCUACCCCCAGUACAAAAAACAAAACUACAUUACACCAGGUGGUUGCUCAGAAGGAGUUACCGGUAAAAGAAGGGAAAAUCUUAAAACCCUCAUGCUAAAAAAUGGUCACUGUCACUUAUGGAGGCAGUUGUUUAAAAGAGUUUCCAACCAUAAGGCUUUGACUGGGAAAAGUGUGGUGGUUUUAAUAGAUAAGUGGUCACUUAUCAUUGGGAGGUGGUCACUAAUGAGACAUGGUCGCACGUGGAGGUUCAACUGUAAUAAAUGAAAUAAACUCUAGAUGAUUUUACCCUAUUCAAAGUAGACAGGCUGCAAAUUAUAGUAGUUGCUAAAAAAUAUAUCUACGUGUCCCAACUGUUCAUCAGUAGGAGAGCCUUUGUGUUAGUUUUACAAACAAAAAUCAAAUAACUGAACAUAGCUAUUGUUUAAUGGUUUGGAAACAGGUCAACCACAUGUUAAUUUCUUUGUGUGAAAAAAAAUUAUCAGGUGUUCUUUCUUUCCCUCACUUCUCGAAGACAGAGCCUUAUCGCAGGUUAACAUAGGUAUUAAAUAUGACAUUCUCCUUCAUGCCUUCCGGCGCGCCCCAACUCCACCACUUUCUUAGAGAUAUUUGAUACAAUGUAUAUCCUCAUGUACACCAUUAUCAACCAUAAAGUGGGAAUGGAUAAAGUAUGAACAGAAAUAGCAACAAGUUAGUAGGUACUUUUGGUUACAAUUGAUUUUGUUACUUUAUUUUCAGUGCAUAGCCAUUGAGGACAUUAAUCCACAAGCACCAGUUCAUUUCCUGGUUAUACCAAAGAAAGAAAUAAGAAAGAUAACUGAUACUUCAGAUGAGGAUGAACAAGUAUGUUUACCAUUUUGUUUUUUUAUAGUACAUUUACCAGUUGAUUUUUAUAUGCCUGCUGUGUUUAAAUAUAAAGGUACUGCUGCUGUUGCAAGUUAAAUUUACUGGAUGGGUCAAUUAUUUAAUACCCCUCAGAGGACUGCUAUCCCAAGGUGGGUGUGUGCCAUGGGAACCCUGGAUCCCUUAGCCAAUUUGUAUACAACGUAGGUUCAAACCUUUAAAAUGUUGACACCCAUGAGACCAGAGUAAUGGCAUUUGGGUUCCCUGUGAGGGUAUCUUGGACUAUCAAACUAUUGACCCUACCCCUAUUCUGCCCCCUUUAUAGCUUCAUCCUGGGCGGGGGGUACUCCUAGUCAUAGGCUAAUAGUUAUGUGCCACUGGAUAGAGUCACAUUGUCAUGGCUGGGUUGACUAUUAUGGGGUUGCAUUUUUAUACUAGAAUGGGGUUGCACAUUUUCAGGCUUUUGGGGGUCAGAAAAUUCAGGUAUGUUGGGAUUUAAAAAUAGAAAUAUUUACAUCACAUUAAGUUUAAUAAAUGUUUCUGAGGAUGACAGAAACAAAAAGUGACUAAGUUGGGAUAAUUGCAAAAAUUACUUAUUUCCCAAAGUCACAGACUAAGAUGGGGUCUAUAAUAUGGCCAUAGAAUAGACUAUAAUGGGGUAAGGAUUCUGAGAGGCCAGCGGCACAUACCCAGCAAAAAUUAACCCAAGUACCCCCCCACCCCUCUGCAGGAGUUUCAUAGACAUAAUAGACCUCCCUGAAGACAGCUCUGAUACCUGCACUCUGCCCAAAGAUUUGAGACUUUUAAAGGAAAUGUAGAAUAGCAGAUCAGGCUAGAAAUGGGGAGUUCUGGAUCCUGAUAACCUGUCCGCUCUCUUUCAACUCCUUUUUGCACCCAGUCGCUUUGAGAGAGAAAUCUUUAUAACGCAAAUGUUUCAGGGCUGUCAUUAAUUUUUAGAGCAGCCAUUGCAAAUUAAGAUUCACCCGUAACAUCUCUCCAAAACUUUAUAUUGUCACCUUUGGCUUUCCACUUUGAUCACCUGUAAAAUCAAGUGAGCUCAGCUGUAAAAGGUGUUGUGGGUUAUGGCCCUUAAUGACAGCUUUGUGAAUGACUAUGUUUUUCUUUCAGCUUCUUGGCCACUGUAUGAUUGUUGCGAAGAAAGUAGCAGCCCAGAAGGGUAUUGACCAGGAAGGCUAUCAUGUGGUAAUCAAUAAUGGUCAACAUGGCUGUCAGUCUGUGUAUCACAUCCAUUUACACGUUUUAGGAGGGCGAAAGCUCAAGUUCCCUCCAGGAUGACUAGGUAAUAUCUAAUUUUAACAUCUUGAUGUCCACAUUAUUCUGUUCUUGAUAAGAUGUUCCAGAAAACACCCUUUAAAAACGUCUGCUUACAUGUAUAAACUCCCCACUUAGAAUAACACCUCUGCAAUUAUAGGCCCAUAUUCUACCUGAAGACAAAGAAAAUUAAGACAGAAUCCAUCAGGAAAUUGAGUAAUUUUAAUUCUCAGUGGCCAAAAAUCUUGCACCAGAAUAAUUUAAAGAAUAUUGCAUUCUUUUUUGCAUUUUUCAAGGCCCAAAGAAAAUUUGUCAUAGGAGUCCGAGAAAAUGAAGGUCAAAUUUCACAAGAAUUGUGAAAACAUAGAUAAACUUCUGAAAAUUUCAUGUGUAUGAUGCAAUUUUGUGAAAUUUGACAUUCAUUUUCUCGGCCUCCCAUAAGAAAUUUUCUUUGGUGUUAUUACAGAUGACUAAUUACAUCUUAAGCCCCUGAAAAAUGCAAAAUAUAAUGCAAUAUGCUCUUAAUUAUUCUGGUACAAGGUUUUUGUCCACUGAAAAUUAAAAUAUUGUUACUCAAUUUCCUGGUGGAUUCCGUCUUAAUACAUCUGAUUAUAAGCCCCCCUCACCCCUUCCCUCUAUUUGUGUUGAGGUGAAAACGCAUUAUCAUGAUGUUUUGAAGCUUAAUUAACAAGCCAGUCAAAGCAAUACUUAUUUUGAUGUGCACUGCUAUAGCUUGUUGUAAAGCGCUUUUUCUCUUUCUGUUUUAAGCCCCCUCGGAUAUAAGUCCCUCUCUUUAUCAACUCUCCUAAACCCCCUUAAGAUGAUUUGUAAGCCCAGGGCUUGUAAGGGACAGUUAAUGGUAAUUACCCAUACCCUUCAACAGAAGAGACGCAACGAGACUGCUGACUGGUGGCCAUUUUCGACGCCUAGGAUGUGAACGUUCUUGCUGCUUAAGAUUGCAAUGAAGAAAUGCCUUUGGGACCCGAGCUAAAUGUCUUUCUUGUCCACUGACCUUUAAGAGGCAACGUUUGAAAUCAGGUAAUUGGCAAUUGUGAAAGGAGAAAUAUGAUGGAAAAAAACCAUUAUUAUUUAAUUUUUCUAAUUCAAACUCUAUGGUCAGGAUAUUUUUACUGCAUGCAGUUUAAUUAACAAAUAUUCGUUGAGCCCGAGUGGGCUCUGACUCCAAAGCCCAUGAGGCCAAAGGCUGAAUGGGCUAUUGACUCAGAGGCCAUGAGGGCGAGAGGAAUAAUUG